AUGAUAAGAAGGGAAUUACUGAUACAGCAGCUAAUAACAUCAGUGCUUCUGUUUCGUAUCUAUGCUCAAGAAGGAGGUAACUCAUCUGGACAAAAUGAGUUUAGAAAAGAAAUUGGCAUAUCAACACUGGAAAGUGAUGUGACAUCAUCCAGAAAUUCUGCAAUAUGGCCUACGUUGACACAAAGUACGGUGAAUGAAGCAUCAAUGAUAGCAGCAGCGGAAGCAAAAAACGUUCGCCAUACUUAUUCCAUUGCUAAGCAACCCGUUUUAUUAGGUAUUGUACCAUCCCAAAGUCAUUCUACAAAGUUUUUGUCCCAACCAAAUUCAAAACCUGAAUCAGAAAUCACGGCAUCGCCAAGCUUUCAUCCCACUACUCCUGAACCAGAAUCUCAUCAUCAACCUAUGCUAAUUACCACUGCCAAAAUUGCUAGACAGUUUGCUGAUGGUUCUUCCCACUUACCUAUGCAAUCAGCUGAAGUCGCACAACUUAAAGUUCGUGCUGAAGAUUCUCGACCGCUUAAAGAAUCUAGUUCAGUUAAAGUAAGCAGUGCUAGCCCUACGCCAUCAUAUCAAAAUAAUGCUUUCGAGGAUGAUGCUGAACGGAUUGACGAAGAAGAUGAUAGUAGUAACGCGGAUUCUUCGAAACCAGGUGCCAUUGAUAAUGAAGCUAUCGAAGAACUUGUUAAUCGUUUCUUGAAUAGUGACGCCGCUGACGAUGGGAAGGAGGAGAAGAUCAACAAAGAAGCUUUGAAACUGAUCAAUUCAAGUAAAUACUGGGAUGUAAAUAACUUGGAGCCUGAAGGCUCGAUACGAGAUAGUAAGAAAGCCCAGGAAUGGAUGAAUGGAUACGCAGUUGAGGCACAGAAAGUAUUGCGCGAAGUAGCUUUAGCCGGAUGGAAUUAUGUCACAUCAGUAUCGCAUCUUACUAAACAGCUUCUUGACGAAGCUGAGGAGACCCUAGGAAAAUUUGUGAAAAGUAGCUCGAAGCAAGCGAAGCAAUUUGAUAUAGUAGCAAUUGAGGACAAAUCGCUGAAACGACAAUUUGAGCUCCUUUUGGUAGAAGGUAUCAGUGCCUUGGAUGAAAACGAUUUCAAAGAAUAUAAUGAACUUCAGAAGCUGAUAGCGAAAGCAUACGCUGAAACUUCAGUUUGUGAAACGGGCAAUGCAACGAUAUGUCCUUACAGAGUUUCCGAUAUUGUGUCAAUUAUUGCACAUGAAAAUGAUGCUUCUAAAGCAUUUCGUCUUUGGGUCGCACUGCGUGAUGCACUUGGACCGAAACUAGCUGUCUCAUACAAACGUCUCAUUGACUUGACUAAUAAAGGAGCUAAAUUGAAUGGUUUUUCGGAUGGUGGAACGAUGUGGCGUAGCCCUUACGAACAAUUCACGUCACGUCAUGAAAAAGCGGAGCAAAGUGACACUGUCGCUCUUUUGCAGAAGUUGUACCAACAAAUUAGUCCAUUUUAUAAACAGCUACACGCAUAUAUAAGACGUCAAAUACCUGCUCUGUACGGGUUAACAAACGUGUCUAAUCUAACGCGAGAUGGUCCUAUCCCUGCUCAUUUGCUCAAGAGCAUUGCUGGUGAUAAUUGGAUUGCCUUCUAUCAGGAUACGAAACCAUUCGAGGACGAAGACGAUCUUGCAAGAGAAGUCCAGGAAAACCUCCAGAAACUAAACUAUACUGUGAAAAGCAUGUUCAAACAGACGUACAAAACUCUCAAGCAACUUGGGUUUGACAAAUUGCCACCAAGUUUUUGGACGAAAUCAAUUUUUACGAGGACAUGGAGCAAAGAUAUGCUUUGUCAUCCACCUGCAGCCUAUGAUAUGAGGAAUGAGCUUGAUUACAGGGUAAAGGCGUGUGCGCAUCUUACUUUACCCGAUUUUGAAUUAACCCAUAAAUUGCUUGUCCACAUAUACUAUUAUUACAUGUAUCGUGAGCAGCCACUUCUGUUUCGCGAAGCAACAAAUCCAAGCCUGUUGACUGCUGUCACUAAUGCUUUCGCAAUUAAUGCUCGAAAUGUAGAAUAUUUGAAAAUGAUGAAACUAAUAACAUCUGAAACUGGGUUUAGCCGCUCAAAAAGUAUUAAUCGUUUGUAUCUGGAAGCACUUGAAGAUUUCGUCAAAUUGCCUUUUGACUUCGCAGUUGAUAUGUGGCGAUUUCAUAUAUUUGAUGGCACUUCAACAAAUACUACAUGGAACUCUGAUUGUGAAUUACUCCAAGGGAUCAAGUCGCCUGUGGAACGAAAAUCAACUGAUUUCGACGCCAUUGCAUUCUCUACCAUUGCUCAAACGCAUGCUCCAGCAAUGAAACACUUUUUUGCAUAUAUAAUGCAGUUUCAAAUCUUAAAAGCCCUGUGUCGUGGUACUACAAAUUUGAGCAAUGGAUGUAUGUUAGAACGUAACGCAGUCACUGAAAAUAUCAAAAAGGUGAUGGUGCUUGGUUCCUCAAUUACUUGGCGAGAAGCACUGGAAAUUAUUACAGGUAGUAAAGAAGUUGAUGCAAGUGCUAUGUUGGAAUAUUAUCAACCUCUGAUAAAUUGGCUUGAAGAACAAAACACUAAGGAGCAUGCUUAUAUUGGAUGGGAUGGAUUAGGAAAGCCAUUUACGGAGUCCGAAGUACCGAAACUUCGAGAAAGCACCACUAGUGUAGACUCGUUAUCGGAAAUAUUGAGUGGAAAUCAAUUUGCAUUUCCGGGUAGUGACUGUUCAAAUGGUAAGGAAUGCUUGCUGGAUUCGGUGUGUCGAAAUGAUAUCUGUGAAUGCAAGGAAGGACUAUAUACUUUGAGGAUUGGAAGUACUUAUAAUUGUGUUCCCGGGAACCCCGCUGAUGCUGGUUUUGGAGAUGGACAUGGUGGCCUAGUCAUCGGUUUACAUCCAAUCGACGAUGGCAGUGUAGCGCCUAUUCCAAAGUCUCAGGAUCAUGAAAAACAACCGAAAGCUGAACCAGAACCAGAAGUUACAAAUGAUGAGCCAAGCUCUUUACCUGAACCAGAACUAAAAUCUAAAGGAACUUCUGUCAGCAUGCCAACACUAACCCUAAUGUUAUCACUUACUGCCUCAAUCAUACUAUUAUAG